CAGCUGUCAAUCACAGACUUUUCUUUAACCUAUACGUCUGAUUGUGGAGCUUCAUUUUUUCAUAAUCCACAGGGGAAUAACCUACAUUGUAAAUGUCAAAAUAUUGAAAAGUUAUAUUAAAAGUUCCUUCUAGAAUAAAACCAGAGCAUAGCAAUCAGUGAAUGUGUGCAGUGGGAUCAGAGUGACAGAUGUAGGUAACCUCGUCAGUCACUGCCAGCACCUUAUCCCUUUAUCCUCUUCAGUGGAUUCUCUUGAGGGAGCAGCUGCGGUGUGUGGAAUGGCCUGGCUGGAACAGACGAGGAUUAAGGGGUCUUAACUAGGACCUGACUCCAUUACAGGAGGUGUGCUAGUCAGGAGGAGAAAUACACCAGGGAGUGGAGACUGGGAAGUGACAGGGAGAAAGGAUGAGUGGUGGUGGACGGGCAAGCUCAGGACAGAUCCUGGUUCUCUCAUGGCUGGUUGUUGUUCCUUCUCUGUCCCAGGUUCGCCACUCUCUGCCAGUCUUGUGGAUCAUGCCACUGACAGACAACCCAGGGCGGGGAAACCUUACGGCGUCCGUGUUGCCGGCUGUCCAGCUCGCUCUAGACGACCUGAGCAGGCAGCAGACUCCUCUAAGAAACUAUGAGAUCAAUUUUCACGUCAUAGAUUCAGAGUGUAAUAUUGCCAAAGGACUUAAAGCCUACUUUGAUGCCAUAUGCUUUGGGCCAAAAUACUUAAUGAUCUUUGGAGGUGUGUGUCCAUCAGUCACAUCCGUCAUUGCUGAAUCACUACAGGCGUGGAACCUGGUACAGCUUUCUUUCACUGCAACAACGCCUGUUUUAGAUGAUGAGAAAAAAUAUCCCAACUUCUUCCGAAUGGUCACCUCGGACAACACAGUCAAUCAGGCUGUUGUGAAGAUCCUACAGAACUACAAGUGGAGACGUGUAGGGACGCUGACCCAGGAUGUACAGAGGAUCUCAGAGAUAAGGAGAGAUCUGACUAAACAACUGAGCAAGGCUGAUGUUAUGGUUGCUGUAACUGAAAGCCUGUCCACUGACCCAUGUAUCAAUGUAAAGAAAUUGAAGGAUAUGGAUGUAACGAUCAUUAUUGGGUUGUUUGACGAGAAUUCAGCCUCCAAAGUCUUUUGCUGUGCUUACAGCCUGAACAUGUUUGGCGGGAGGUAUCAGUGGAUCCUCCCUGGCGGUUACCAGGGGAGCUGGUGGGAGGAGGCCAACUCCUCCAACUGUGCUUCAAACAACCUGCUGACCGCAAUGGAAGGCUACAUCACUGUGGACUUCACACACCUCAGUAACAGACAGAUAAAAGGCAUCUCAGGAAGGACCCCAGAAGAGUAUGACGAGACUUACAACAGAGAGCUGCUGCAGAGAGGGUUGGUUGCCAGCAAGUUCCAUGGGUUUGCCUAUGAUGGAGUUUGGGUGAUGGUGAAAGCAUUGACCAGGGUCAUUGAGUCUGUUCGUCACAGAGAGAGAUAUGACAUCCACCGGAACUUCACAGUCAGCAGCAAGGAGAUUGGACAAAUGGUCCUGGAUUCCAUGAAGGAGAUUUGCUUUGAGGGUGUAACUGGUCAAGUUAUGUUUAGAAAUGGGGAACGCAUGGGAACUAUUAAAUUAAGCCAAUUUCAAGAGGGCCGGGAGGUGAAGAUAGGCCAGUAUAAUGCUGAAGCAGAAGAAUUAGAACUCAACCACUUAAUCAAGUUUCAAGGCAUGCAGCCGCCUAAAGACCGGGCACACUCCCAGCGGUGGGAUGUCAGUGUUCCCCUCUACAUCAUCUUGUUAUCCACCACUGGCCUGGCCAUGCUCAUGGCACUCUUCUUCCUCUUCUUCCACAUCAAGCAUCACAACCAUUGGGUCAUGAAGAAGUCCAGUCCGUCCAUGAACUACCUCAUUAUCCUGGGUACGAUGCUGGCCUGUACCUCCGUCUUCCUCUAUGGGCUGGAUGGAUCCCUUGUGACUGACAAAGUGUUUGUUACGCUUUGCCCUAUUCGCACAUAUAUUCUUUCUGUAGGAUACACCACAACCUUUGGGGCAUUGUUUGCGAAAACUUGGAGGGUCUGGACAAUUGUCAAAAAUAAGGAGAUAAUUGAAAAGAUUAUUAAGGAUGACCAACUAUGGAUAAUUGUCGGGGGAAUGCUGCUAAUCGAUCUGUGUCUGUUAACCUGCUGGCAGAUGGUGGAUCCACUCAGACGAACAGUGGAAGAGUUCAGCCAAGAGACUGCUCCUGGUGGUGAAGAUGUUAAUACAAGGCACUUCCUGGAGCACUGUGAAAGUACAAACCUGACUAAAUGGCUCGCCAUUGUAUAUGGCUACAAAGGGCUUCUAAUGUUUCUUGGAUGUUUCCUGGCCUUGAGAACAAGGCAUGCACAUAUCCAUCUCCUCGAUGACAGCAAGUACACAAGGCUGAGCAUGUACCACGUGACCGUCAUGUCUAUCAUUGGAGCAUCAGGGUGCUUCCUGACCCAGUAUAACCCUAAUGUGCAGCUCUUCAUCAUGGCUUUGGUGGUGAUCUCCUGCUGUACCUGCACUCUGUGUCUGGUGUUCCUGCCCAAGGUGUCACCUGCCUCAUCUCUGAAACCUCCUCUUGUAUACAUGUUGAGCUCUCAUCAAAUAUCUCAUUUAUCUCAAUGUUCUCGUUUUACUUCCGUUUCUCAAUGUAUAUUGUUUACAAAUUGGUGUAUAUGCUAGAUGAUGUUGGAUGUAAACACUCGUCUUGAAAAAUAUAAUUGAAUGCUUCUGUCUUGUAUCCUAGCUUGUAAAAAUCCGAGACAAUCCCAACCAAGUGGAUCCAACUAGCUGGUUACAAUGUGAUCUUCACAAGGAGGAUUCGGAGACCUCCAGUUCCUCUAGCAGUCUCAAUCAGGGCAGAUCUCUUGAAAGCCUGCAGACUGAAAACCAGCAGCUCCGGAGGAGAAUCACAGAGAUGGUGGAACUUUGGGAAUGAACAUAGAAAUGGUCUUUGCAGAUUGGUGACCAGUUGGAGGAUGUCGCCAUGCAAGUACUAGAGAAAGAGCUGAGUCCUCCCAGUCCACAGGGCCAUGAAGUGAGACUGAGAGCCCAGGUGUGCUCUGAGGAUGUGCCCAGGAUGAACAGGGAACUCUUUGAUGACAUCAACUCACCUGAACACGUCCAACGAAGAUGGUCCGUGCAGCUGCCAAUUCUUCACCAUGCCUACAUGCCAGCCAUUGGGGGAAUGAGUGCCAGCUGUUCCAGCCUUCUGAAAAGUCCCGAUGUCCCCAGUGCCCAACAGAGACAUAUGCCACCAUCGCAUCGGGUCAUGGUCACCGGGCUGUGACUGUAUUUCCCUCUACAAUGAGUGACAAUACACUGGAAAAGUUACAAUAUUCAUUGAACUGCCUCUGGUUCCACUGGCAGCUGGAAGUCAAAUGACCUUCCUUUACUUGGACUGCCAUCGCAUCAUUCACAUCUGAAGUCAUGUUCACAUCCAGACAAGUUCUACAUACAAUGUGGUGCUGACAAAAGUUGUGUGGUAAAUUACAAUGGCUGCUUUCUUUAUGGAUUUUUAGUAGAUUGAUUGCAGUGCAACUCAUAGAAGUGGUCUCCUCAUGGAAAAACAAAAAAUGUUGGCCGUUCCCCCUGUUUCCCAACAUGGGAGUAUCUUGUAUUGCAGCAGGAUACUGGCAGUGACUGUAUUUGCACUCUUGGUAACUGCUCUGUGCUGUGGUACUGCUCUCUGGUACUGCUCUGUCAUGUUGUCACUCUGGGAAUUUCCUGGUUUGCUAAAGCCCAGGAAUGAACUUUAAACUGUUCCAAGGCAGAAGUUAACCCUUUACAGCAGUCAAAUAAAUAAUUGAUUGUCUUUCCAAACAUUGCCUGUGUCCUGGAGAAAACAACAUCUUGGCUAUGUCUAGGCAAAUUCAAGUUUGUUAUCAGUCUUUCAAAGAUGAAGAAUAAUUGGAUGAGAGUAUAACCUAUAAAUGUGCAUAUUUGUAAAACAAUAAAUAUCUAUAUAAAAAAAGGGGUCCAACUAUUUUGCAAAAUCCACUGUUGUGGCCAGACAGUACUUUCUAUUUGAACAGGAUGUGCUGCGAUAACAAAUAAGGGAGGAGUGUCUCAAUUUGGGGUUUAUAAAAAGGUAAAUCUAUCUCACUGCAGAAAGUGUAUUAGGUAUCCACAACAACAUCCUUGGGAAAAGGAUCCUGCCAUGUUCUCCAUCAGAACCGCAUUCAUCCUGCCAGCUCUUCUGGCCCUUUUGGUUGUAAAUGUGGAAUCCUCUUUCAGUGGUGGUGGUGGAGGAUCCUACAAUUAUGACAUAUCUAAAAUGUCUGACCUGAGGAAGCUGUACAACUCCAAGGUGUAUGAAGCAGACAGAAUGAGGAGACCCCUUGAAGGCAUGUCCUUUCAGGUGGGGGUUCUCAGCCACUCAGGAGUCAGAGUGACUUUGGCUGAUGGCUCCCAGUGGCUUGUCCAUAAAGGGGAUGGAUUUGGCAUCAGCUCUCAGACUGUAGUGGUGGCUGCACGCCACAUGGGUCGAGACUGGAAG